AUGGCCCCAGCAUGGCCCCAGCAGACCCCUGCAUGGCCCCAGCAUGGCCCCAGCAGACCCCUGCAUGGCCCCAGCAGACCCCUGCAUGGCCCCAGCAUGGCCCCAGCAGACCCCUGCAUGGCCCCAGCAGACCCCUGCAUGGCCCCAGCAGACCCCUGCAUGGCCCCAGCAUGGCCCCAGCAGACCCCUGCAUGGCCCCAGCAGACCCCUGCAUGGCCCCAGCAGACCCCUGCAUGGCCCCAGCAGACCCCUGCAUGGCCCCAGCAUGGCCCCAGCAGACCCCAGCAGACCCCUGCAUGGCCCCAGCAGACCCCUGCAUGGCCCCAGCAGACCCCUGCAGACCCCUGCAUGGCCCCAGCAGACCCCUGCAGACCCCUGCAUGGCCCCGUGGCUGACCCUGUGAUGUGGGGAACCCUGGGCCUCUCCCCGGGCCUCUCCUCGGUCCUCUCCUCGGGCCUCUCCUCGGGCCUCUCCCCGGGCCUCUCCCCGGGCCUCUCCCCGGGCCUCUCCCUGGGCCUCUCCCCGGGCCUCUCCUCGGUCCUCUCCUCGGACCUCUCCCCGGGCCUCUCCCUGGGCCUCUCCCUGGGCCUCUCCCCGGGCCUCUCUUUGGGCCUCUCCUCGGUCCUCUCCUCAAGCCUCUCCCUGGGCCUCUCCUCGAACCUCUCCUCGGGCCUCUCUUCGGGCCUCUCCUCGGGCCUCUCCUUGGGCCUCUUCUCGGGCCUCUGCUCACAGCUGGAGGUGUUGGGCUCAGACCUGGAUCAGCGACAGACUGGACCAGCCGUCCUGAUGAAAGUCUUUAUCAAGACCAGCCUCAGACCCGGGGUCAGAGGUCACCCUCCUCUGGCCCAGUGUCCACCUCAUCAGCCAGCUACACAUAGAGCUGGACACAGAGCCUCAGUGCUCCCAGAAGAAUAG